AUGUGCAAACGGUAUCGGGUAACUGGUUUACUCGUGGAGUAUCCAGUCGCAGCCAACGCGAAUUUGGGUGUUAAAUGGGCCCACAUCAUCUGGCCGCUACAAGUACCUGCAUACUUGUCGAGUCUCAUCGUGCCUGACAUGCGUCACCCAACGUGCAUCUCUUCUUUUAGUCUUGCGAGUUGCGAUGGCCGGGGCGGCGGUGAGCCUCGCGGACUUACGCUACGCGCCUUCACAACCUUAGCCCCGCUCCGAUUCUCUCUCAACGCCGCCUUUGCACAAAGCCACCUCGCUGCACUCAUGCCCGCUGUGCCUCUCGAUGAGUUACUACUCGUGAAGGUAGAGCAAGAUCGAGUUGUCAUGCCCUGUUGGAGAAACCGUACACGCAGACCCGCGACAGUGUCGUCGGGCCCCGAUGAGCCAGUUCAACUUGCUGACGCCCCUGGGCAGGGCAUAGCACAGUACACAGCGAGAGACCUCACUCUUGAAGCGCAGGGACCAGUGCCACCAGCGAGCCAUGUAGUAUAUUGCGAAUGGGCACUACGCCAGCUCCUAGAUACCAAGACUCGACGAGGCCAUGUGCAGAGCAUUCCACCUUCGGGACUUUCGAAAUCUUGGCCAGGAUAUAAGGGACUGAUCUUGCAGUCUCAGGCCAUGAUGCUGAGUAGGGAUUUGGUAGCUUCGAAUGCGUACAUCGAGGCGAACCCCAGCACCCUCUAG